AUGAGGAUCUUCAUUGAGUUAUGCCCUGCGAUCAGUUAUAGAGUUCUUGAACGAGUGCUGGAUUUCAUGUUUCCCUACUCUUGGCCUAACAGGUCAGUGGGUUUUGGACUAUAUGCUACAGAAAAUGGCUGCUUUCAUCACAAAAUGUUUAAUUUCAUCAUUGGCAAUUAUCCUAAUCCUUCAAGUGCAAGUAGAAUGUGUGAUGGUAUUGUGAGAGACUUAUUCCAGACGGGAGUGUCUGGCAUACUUCGGACUGCCAGACAAGCCUGGAUUUGGCACUCCCAGAUUGUCCGAGACUUCAGCAACUCAAACGAUACCAAACCACAUUCUAAUUUCCACUUUAAACGUCUAUUUUUGUAGAAAUUCCCCUUUGUUAUAAUAUAAUAAUUGAAAGAUCUGAAUUAAAGUAGUCUUUAAUUAACGGGAUAUAAAUGUAAUCUAAAGUCAAUUCCGAUUAAUCAUGAGUUGCUGCCUUUCAAAAUAAGGGUGCGAGUAACUUUUUGAGACAUCUGAAUUGUGGUGGGUCGUGGAUAUUUUAUGGUGUAUGAUUUUGAUUAUCUGUCAAUUGAAUCCAUAAAUAUCCAGUAAACUGAAAGAAUUGUUCUAUUUUCUGUUAUUACGUAGAUGUAAUUUCAACCUGAAAUCAAAGAUUUUCCAAGCAAAGUUUUAAAUUUUGAAAAACCGGUCGAUCGUGGAAAAUUAUUUAGUUUAUCAUCAGAAUUUUUGAAAUCAGUGAAAAAAUGUAGCCGAAUUGAAUGUCUCACUAAACAUUUUCCGAUAAAAAUGUAUUGCAUGCUUAUAGUUCAACAUGAAAAUUAUAACUCUUAUGAAAUAGUUUUCGUGUGAAUUAUUGUGAAACUGAGACAUGUGUUUCUGAGAUAAAAUUGCAAAAUUAGGCUUGGCAUCACCUAACUGAUAUUCUGCAAAAAUGUCUGAUCCGUCCAAAAGAAUUCUAAAUCAGUAGUACGGUUAUAAAAUAAUGAAAUGUGUCUUUACUCGCCAGAGCUGUGAUAUUUCUAUGUAAUAAUCUAUUGUUUGUUUGUUUGUUUAUUUAUAUAUAUGUCAUAAAAUAGUGUGAUCUUGUUGAUUUGUUGUGUUGAUGCAUUAAAUAAUAUAUAGUGUAAUGUU